CUCUCUCUGCUUCAGUGUGUGGCGGGGCGGCUCAGGCGGCGGCCCCGACACUCCAGUACUUCUUGCCUGCGCGUGUGUUGACCUCCGUCGCGUGUGUGUCUGCCUGUUGUUCCUCGCUGGCCUUGAUUCUGAGGUGCCUUUUAUAUAUCUCCGUCUUGUGUUGAUUCGGGAAGGCGGAGGAGGAGGAUGGGGCGUCGCGCGGUGGCGGCGGCAGCGGUGACCGUGGUCUGGUGCGCUGCCACGGUCAUGUGCCGCGUCCUCCUGACCGACACACCCGCCGCCCGCACCCCGAGGGACGCCCACGCCUGGCACUCCAACAGCCUGAGUGGCGGGCGGAGGGAGGACAGGCAGGAGGGACAGAGGGGAGAUCACUUAGCGCCCUACCAGGCGGACAACACCCCUGACGAUUUAUACGAAAGUGCAGUGGGCGAGGCAGAGGCUGAGAGGACGCUGCUGAGGGAAUGGACUCAGGACCCGGAAGUAACACCUGGGCUCUUCCAAGGGGACAUAGUGAUCACCUCCUACGAUCUGCUUUCCAUGAGCACCCGAGUGGCCAUUAACUGGAACAAGUAUCCUGAACGUCGCUGGGCUAAUGCCACGGUGCCCUUCGUCAUCAGUGAACUCUAUGGCACCAGUGAGAGGAAGAUGAUAAUGCUGGCCUUCCACUCACUGGACUUUCUAACCUGCAUCAAGUUUGUGCCUUGGGACCAAGUAACAAAAGACUACCUCCUCAUCUGGCCCAUGGAGAAACCAAAAGGGUGCUGGUCUUUUGUUGGGAAGAGAGGGGGCCAGCAGGUUGUGUCCCUCCAGGCGCCGGAUGAGCACUCCAAGCGGUGCUUCAUCUCACUAGGGAAGGUGAUCCAUGAGCUGCUCCACGCACUGGGGAUGUUCCACGAGCAGGCACGCCCAGACCGGGAUGAUCACAUCGACAUCAUCACUGAGAACAUCAUCCCUGAUUACAUCGGUAACUUCAAGAAGCAGAGUGCAGACAACGCCACCUUCCCCUUCAGCUACGACUACAACUCUGUCAUGCACUACGGCAGCAACUUCUUCAGUUAUAAUUUGAACAAGCCAACCAUCAUACCCAAGGUGAAGGGGGCUAAGAUUGGGCAACGCAUCAUGAUAAGCAAACUGGACUGCCUCAAGCUCAACGAACUGUAUGGCUGCCUUGACAAUCCCUUCGACAAGGAAAAGUACACUGCCAUGUGCACAUAUUUGGGUUACUGACAUUUUUUAUACUAUUUAUUAUUUUAUGGGUAUUUAUUUUUGGGGGGCAUUGUGUGGAAUGUGUUGAUACCUGAAAAAAUACAUAUAAAUAUCCCU